AUGCAGCAAGAGGAGACGCCCGACACCGUGGACGCACCGCCCAUCACAGUGCCAUCACCCGACAUGGAGCCACCGCCGAUCACAGUGCCAUCACCCGACAUGGAUUCGACGCCACCGCCGAUCACAGUGCCAUCACCCGACAUGGAUUCGACGCCACCGCCGAUCACAGUGCCAUCACCCGACAUGGAUGCGAACUCGGCCCUUCCCUACGGAGAGCCUCCUGACGGAGAGGUAAUGGUGCUUGCCUCGCCGCGGCCCGUCCCCGCCUCCCUCGCGCCACCGCAGCGAGCGGCAGCAGGACCGCCGGGUCACCGCACGAGACAUACUCCGCCUCCAGCGCCUCCGCCUUCCCCUCCGCGCCGCCGCCCUCCCUCCCACCCGCUCCCGCGCCGCCUCCGCCCGGCGUGGCGGGCGCCUGCCGCACGCUCGACGAGGCGUCGCCCCUCGCCGCCCGCCCCUCGCCCCUCGCGCGCCCUGCUCGGCCGAUGA